GUCCUAUUCUGCCACCCUGCCAUCCUUGGCGAUGAGUUUACUGGUUCUUAUUCCGAGGUGGACUCUGCCAUUGAACAACACCUCCUUGGUGAGACCACUAAUAAUCCUUCCGAAGCCACCACGCUCCUCCUUAUACGUGCCAUUGAAUACAGUCAACUACCUACAGAUGCUGCAGCUGCUGCCGAGGAACCAGAAAUCGAUGUUCGUGCAAAGCGACGUCAAAAUUUUAUGAAGAUCUUGUCGAACGUAAUCAGCCACCCAGAAAACGACGUUUAUCGGAGGCUCCGCGUGUCGAAUAGAUUUGUAGCCGACCUUUUGGCAGUGAAGUAUGCGGAGGAUUUUUUCAAGGUCUGUGGCUUCGUUAGAACCAGUUUACCGCUCGCCCAGAAACCGUCGAACGUCGAAACAGCACCACCAGAGACGGAUGAGGGCAGCGGGCCUGUAGAACCUGUGACCGAGGACUUCCUCAUUCUUCCCGCGUCCUCAAUGGAAGGUCUCACUCAUCUUAAGUCAAUGCUGGAACUUCUAGAGACGGCGCAGCCCAUUGUUCCCCUUGUAUUUCGCGAUACAACCGUUCUGCAGGUAGGAAUUCUCAAACGAUCUCCUUACAUUUUCAUAUAA